GAAGUGUAGCAAGCGUAGUUGGCCCUUUUUUUUUUUUUUUUUUGUCAGACAAGUCUGUGAAGACGCGAUACCAUAUAGAUAAAAUAGUUUUAUCUAAAGACUAUAGAAAAAGGUCGAAAAAGGAACGAAAACAGCCAUGUCCCAGUCUGAGAAGAUGCAAAGUGACCAUUCUCGGCCAUACGAUGAUGAGGAUGACGAGACAUCUUCGGACUUCGAGGAGCCAGCCGAUGCUGUGGAGCGCGAAGGUCAACAAGAAGACAGCGAAGAGGAGCACUUUCUAGAUGAGAACAACGGUAAUAAUCAACAGCAGCAACAAGCCGGACAGGAUCAGCAGUUGGAGGAGGAAGGUGGUGAUAAUCAACGCCAGCAGUAUCAUGACAACAACAAUUCUGGCAUGGAAGAACAGCAACAAGGUGGCAAUUUCUCAUCGCCGACCCCAGGCAACAAUCCGGAGGAUCGCACUAGCGCCACUAAUUUGAUCAUUAAUUAUUUACCUCAGGAUAUGACAGACCGUGAGCUUUAUAAUUUGUUCAGCAGCUGCGGCUCCAUUAAUACCUGUAAAAUAAUGCGUGAUUUCAAGACCGGGUAUAGUUUUGGUUACGGAUUCGUUGAUUACAAUGCUGAAGCCGACUCGGAGGACGCCAUACAGAAGCUGAAUGGUUUUUAUGUUCGCAACAAACGAUUAAAGGUUUCCUACGCACGUCCAGGCGGACAAUCUAUUAAAGAUACCAAUCUAUACGUUAUUAAUCUUUCGCGCAAUAUUAAUGAUGAAAUGCUCGAUAGAAUUUUCUCUCCGUUUGGGCAGAUUGUCCAACGCAAUAUUUUACGAGACAAGCUGACUGGUCGUCCUCGUGGUGUAGCUUUUGUGCGCUACAACAAGCGCGAAGAGGCCCAGGAAGCAAUUAAAUCUUUGAAUAACACGAUCCCGGAAGGCGGAUCUCAGCCUAUAUGGGUUCGUUUGGCCGAGGAACAUGGCAAGGCAAAGGCCGCUCAAUUUAUGUCGCAGAUUGGUGGUGGUGGUGGGCCACAGCAGCAACCCCAUCAUCAUCACCAACAGCAGCAUCACCACAAUACACAUAUGCAGCAGCAUCACCACCAUCAGCAGCAACAACAACAACACCACCACCAUCAUCACCACCAGCAGCAGCAGCAGCACCAUCACCAUCAUCAUCAUCAUCAUCAGCAGCAGCAGCAGCAGCAGCAUCAUCACCACCAUAAUCAUAGUAUGCCGCAUCCAGCUGCUGCAGUGCACCAUAUGCAACCAAUGCAUCAUGGGGUCGGUGUCAAUGUCAAUGUCGGAGUAGGCGUCGGCAUGGGCAUGGGCGUUGGAGUUGGUGUGCCACCACCCAUGCAAGGCGGCGGCGUUAUUGGUGUCGGCGGUGGCGGUGGAGGCUACCAUCAUAUGGCACACAGAGGUAGAUCAAAUAGACAAACACGAUCUCAAAAACCGCAUCCAUAUAACAAUGCACAGAAAUUUAUUUAAAACGCAAUUAAUUUCUUUACACAAUAUUAGCUGCAUCUCACAGGUGAAGUGUUCAUGCUGCCAUUGCCAAUUUGCAACCACUCCAGCUGCUCCUACAGCCAGGAGCAAUGCAACCACCACCACAACAACAACAACUUCAAUUACUCGACAGGCGCGCCAGUCCCAUGCGCUGUAGCUAUUAUGCACCGGCUACGGCCAACAUCGCAGCAACAGCCACAUCUCCUCCACCACAUUUACCAACAGCAGCAACACCAGCAGGAGCAGCAACUAGAAUCUUUGGAACGGGGCAAUCAACGUCAGCACCGCGUCCAACCCAUGUCUACUAUCAAUAUGCCGAUGUUAAUACACUCAACUAUGACCAUAGAUCGGGCGACUUAUGCGCCUUGGGAUUGGUUUACGUAACCUUUAAGGAUCAGCAACAGGCUGUGGCAAUAGCUCGUCGGAGUGGUGAGGGCGGCGGCGGUGGCAGCAACAACUACUACACAAACUAGAAGAGUUUCAAUUUUAAGCCGAACACCAAAACCAACACACAAAAUGAAGAACUCUCUAUCAUAAAUAUAUAUAUAUAUAUGUAUCAAUAUUCUGUAUUAUAUAUACAUAUAUAUAUAUAUAUAUAUAAAGAUAUGUAUAUAUAUAUAUAUAUGUAUAUGUAUAUGUAUAUAUGUAACAUUGAUAACAAUUGGUGGAAUUUCAAAUAGGCAAAUUUAAAGCAUUGGCAGCAAAGAAUAUUAAAUAUGAUGAGAUGCAAAAUGAAUAAAUUAAGAAACAUAAAGUAUGCAUAAGACACAAAAACUGCUACUACUAAACACACUCCAACCAACAACUGCGAAAGCAACAUUUACAAUAAGGAUGUUGUAACCGGUUCAAAUGUGUCUGUAGCAUUUGCUCUUUAUAACAAACAAUUGAUGUAAAAACUUACAAACCCGUAAACACACAUACAUACAUACAUAUAUAGGUAUUUAUGCAUAUAUAUAAGUAUAUGUACAUACAUAUAUAUAUAUGUAUAUUUGAUUCAAUUCCCGCUCCACCGUUCCUCUAAAUUCCCCACCCGGCUUCUGAAAUAAAACUAAUUACCAUAGAACAAAACAUUUUUUUUUUCUUACAUAUACCUAAAUUAUAACUUUAAAAACUAGUCUUAUAUUAUGAUAAAUGAUUAAGGUUAAAACAAAAUUUUUUUUAAUAAAUAUAUAUAUUAAUAUAUAUAAGUGUAAUACAACUAAAAAGUUAAAAACAAUAAAACAAAACAGUUAUAUUAUCAGAAAAA